UCGUGCAGUGCAAUCUGAGUGUACACGUAAAGAUUGCUCACUAUACUUCAAAUACAAGAUGCCUAUUGGAGUUUGAGCACUAAUCAAUGCAUGUAGCAUAGAGAGGGAGAGAGGGGAUAGAAAGCUAGAGGCCGGCCGGCAGUGUGAACCAGGGUUACCUCAGUCGGCUUCAUAACAACCCUCACCCAUGAUUGUGGAAAGCCAACGAGUCUGGCGUGGACACCUUCAUUGUAUGGGAGUGUGUGUAGAGGUACUUACAUCCUAAGAUUCGGUCGUGAUCUUCCAGACAUGAGAAUGCAUUAUUCGUGGAUUAAGGCGGCUGUGUUGGCAAGGCACUGAGAUGGUGUGAGCUACAUGCAUCCAGUACACGCGGGAAGUCUGCUGGCGACAAGGCAUGAUGUAGCGUGCGACUCAAUAACUCAGUCCACGGCGGGGAAUUAUGCGUCUUUCUCCACUGAUGUUAAUCACUUUCCUUGCCAUAUUUUGUUUGCCUGCUAUUUCUACGUACCGCAUCAUUCCUUUUGUCGAGUACUGCCCCCAGCCAGGGUGUACCAUCUUGGACGAUCGAUCUGGUGAAUUGAAACUCAACUUUUCUGAGAUCACGUACUUUCGACAAUGUGCUCUAGUUUUUGCUGCCCCCUAUUACAGAAAUAAAGUCUUCCUUAGACUGGUCUCCGACCCUGAGGACUGUCAUGGGUUUUCGUUGCAUGUGUAUGACGGCAGAACUUACUCAACAAAGCAUGAACUCAGCAUCGGUGGUAUUUGUACCCAAAACACUAAUUCUUCCGUUCCUCAUUCCAAAUUCCGGUCUUUCAUGACGAGUGGCCGGGAAUUUAGUAUGGUGCUGGAGAAGAAAAGGGGCGUAGCCCUUGGGGAAAAAAGGGUUGUGUUUACACUGUACUACAGGGUGUUCGACAGAGAGGAACACUUACUUCAAGAAAUUUGCCAUAUGUGCCGUGAAAACCAUACCCGGGAGUCGGAGAAUAGUGUGUGUGAGGGGCUAAUGCCCAACUGUACGGGUAUUGACGCCGUGGUCAAGGGAACAUGUCUAUCUGAAUAUGCUGACAAACUAGUGAGAAGUAAGCGAACAGAGGCAUUCGGUAUACUGAUGUCAGGUGCCGUCAUCUUCACCAUUAUCUUUGUAGCACUGCAUUGUGGUGGGUCUCCACCAAUCAAGGUACGUCCCACAGUACCUGCCGAGACAGGAGGCAGACACACCACAGCUAAUGCAAUGUUUGCCGGUCGGGCAGCAAGGGCACCCGGGCCAGUUGGGCACGUGUAGUUAGAGUAUUAUUUUUGGUGCUUUAUUAUUUUAACAAUUUGAAUUGUCCAACAUUAAUAAUGAUUUAUAGUAGGUAAUUUCUUUAAAAUGCUUUUAAUGAAAUUAACAUUAUUUUUGUACUUUAACAAUUUGUUCGAAAGAUUAUUCUUAUUUGUAAAUUAAAACAAAUAAUAAUUAAAAACAUUAAGCCCUUAUUGAUGGUUAUCAAACGCAGGUGUACCGUUCAUUAUAUAUCAUAUACCGGUAGAGAUGUAACUAAAAAUGCUUAACAAUUUAGAGGAAAUAUUGAGCCCUAUAGCGUCAUGAGCUUAACAACUAUUGCCUUGUUCUAUCUAUGGAAUGUGACGUCAAUGCGUUGUAUAGUGUGUAUGUAUUCUAAUGCACUGCCCAUCGUGAAAAACACAUAAAAUAAUGUUUGGUAUUGUGAACACGUAAAGCAGCAACCAAAAAUAAUUAAAAAUGACAAGAUUAAAGGAAAAAUAUUACAUAAUAUAUAACAAGGCGUGUUGUUUUAUGUCACGCACUUAAUACGAACCCGUGUCUGUGUGCAGUUAUAUAAACGUAUAUUACCUGUAAGCAAAAAACUACGUGUUGCAUUAUUGUCGAUUGCAGAAGAAAACAAAAUCGAUACAAAUAAUCUGUCAACGAAAGAGCAGAGUUAGAAUUAAAGACAAGGUAAAACAUCAACUAAGAGCAACUUCGAGGUAGGGCUAAAGUUGACUAUGGUCGACCAUUUAGGCAAUUUUGCCUGGUGCCCAGGAUGUAUCUCAUGCAUAGGUAACCAUGGAACAUUGACUUGUAGUGGUUUCUAAAAAAUGGUCGCUGAUCGAACUUGCCCCAAGCUAUAAGGCACACAAUACAGUGCGCCACCAAGUGUUUACCUUUGGAGAGGUCGUUUUGAAAAACGUCAGUCAUCGAGUAUUACGUCCUAGAAAAGUACCCUGUUUGUAUCCGCAAAGAUAUAUGCACUGAUCUUACAUGCGCAAUAAUAUAAUUGGAUACAGUGAUACAUUGGAUGAACAUGCAGUGACGUUAGCUUUCCAAAUCUGUGUUUUGAUUGGUCCGAGGUGAUGUAGUUUGUCCAUUUGCACUUUCCAUCGUCUGCAUGCAAAGUGUGCAUAAUGUUUGCGCAUGUACCAUUUUAUUUUGUUAUACCUCGGUACGGUACAAAUUGUGAAGUUUGAUUGGUCGAGAACUCACCAUGUGACGCGCAACAAAAACACAUUUUACAUGGCUCGACUGGCAGGGUAACAUGAAGAGUGAUGUACACCGGUGUACAUCACCUUGAUCGUUCCCAGCGUUGGUCGAUUUCGCGCUCUGUACGAAACAACCGC